AUCUGCAGGUACUGCUAUACGAUUCCUGAAAGCUAUCCAUUGGCUUCAGCAGCGCCUUUGCUUUGUGCUGGAAUUACUGUUUACACUCCCAUGAUGCGGCAUAAGAUGAAUCAAGCUGGAAAAUCUCUAGGAGUGAUUGGCCUUGGUGGUCUUGGUCACAUGGCAGUAAAGUUUGGCAAGGCUUUUGGGUUGAACGUAACUGUUCUCAGCACAAGCAUAUCCAAGAGAGAGGAAGCCCUGACUCUACUUGGUGCAGACAAAUUUGUUAUUUCAUCUGACCAAGAGCAGAUGGCGGCCCUGGCAAAGUCAUUGGACUUCAUUAUUGACACAGCAUCUGGUGACCACCCAUUUGACCCCUACCUUUCGCUUUUGAAGACUUCUGGUGUUCUGGUCCUGGUGGGUGCCCCGAGUGAAGUCAAGUUCAGUCCUGCACCCCUUUUACUUGGUAGGAUAACCGUUUCUGGUAGUGCAACCGGAGGCACAAAGGAGAUACAAGAAAUGAUAAACUUCUGUGCUGCGCACGGAAUUCAUCCCAACAUAGAAGUGAUUCCAAUUCAGUAUGCAAAUGAAGCUCUUGAGAGGCUGAUAAAGAGCGAUGUCAAAUACCGGUUUGUGAUUGAUAUCGAAAACUCCCUGAAAUGAAGCAUGUAGAGAAAAGAGGGAUUCCUCUUUUUCAAUACAUAUGCAAAUAUGUUUAACGCGGAUUUGAGGGAUUGGACAAGAUAGACACUCAAAGAAUAAGGUCAUUGGUGAUGUUUCAUAGCAGUGCAUUUGCUUCUCUGCAACAAUAUGCACGCUUGAUCAUCUUUAUGAAGCAUGUGGUUCUAUGUAAUAACUUGCAAUUUAGUUAUGUAAGUGUUCUUAUUUAAAAUAGAUCUAGGUAAUAGUAUGUAACUUCGGAUGGUCAAUCUUCUCAUUUUGUUGUACUAUGCUUAUUUUUAUAUGUUAGCUUGCUUGGGAUUUCUUUAUUCUGCUCUAUUUCUAGGAGAU